AUGACGUCACUCGCUCAGUAUAUAAACGCUGCUAAAGAGCUGGGACUAACUGGUGAAGAGGCCUCUAAAUUCAUCGAUAAACAUGAGGAAAGGGAGAGACAGCGAGAGGAAAGAGAGCGUGAAAGCCAGGAAAGGGAAAAACAACGAAUGCACGACAUUGAAAUGGCCAGAAUACAGCAACAAAAGAAUGAUAACGGUAAUUGUUUUGAUAAAUUCCAUCAAUUGAGAAAGAUGUUACCUUUUAAUGAGGACACUGAGAGUAUCGAUUUAUAUCUUGCGAGAUUGAGGAUUUGGCUCGUGCUUUUGAAUUACCAGAACAGAAAUCAGUAUUCAGCUGUGAAAGAUGCUCUUCUGAGACAGUUUGGAGCAACCGAGGAUGAAUAUAAAAAAAAAUUCCUGCAUAGUGUUCCUGACCACAAGGAUGAUCCACGUCUGUUUAUAACAAAUAUGACAAUGUACUUUGAUAGAUGGUUAGCUAUGGCUAACGUAAAUAAAACGUAUGAAGCAAUAAGAAACCUCAUUAUACUUGACACUGUGAUUAAUGCAUACAAUGAACAAGUCCAGGUAUUUGUGAAGGAACGUUGCCCGCGAACCGUAGAUGCGUGGACAACACUGAUUCAGAAUGAAAACCAGGGUAGAACAUGGAAGAGCAGAUGGGACAGUACGCAACAAAAUUCCAAUAAAAGUUCAUACUGUAAGAUUUGCAAGAAAAAUAAUCAUCGCACUGACAAUUGUUACUUCAGAGAUUCCAAGAAAGCAUCAACGCAGUAUAAACCAACAAACAAAGUUUUUUUUGCAAAAAUUCAACAAGGCGAUGGUAAAUUAACACUGAUUUCAGCAUUUGUUGAUCAACAGAAAUGUAUUGCGCUGAGAGAUACCGGUACAAUCACCUUAUUGAUACAUCAAAAUUGUGUGAGGCCACAGUCAUAUACUGGAGAAUACGAAAAAGUUAAAAACCUCAAAGAUGAGAUUAGUACACAUCCUAUAGCAAUAAUCUAUGUUGAUAGUCCGUAUUUGACAGGAUGGCACAAAGCGUUAGUACUAGAGCAACCCCUAGAUGGCAUCGAUUUAAUAAUUGGGAAUGUUGCAGAUGUGAAAGAGUGUACAGAAGCGGAUAUUACACAUUGGCAAAAUCACCAUGACAUCAAUAAAUCCAUGGCAAUUACCAGAUCACAGAAUAGGAAGGAAAAAGCUCUUGAAAAACUAGAUCAGAAUUAUACGCAGCCACAACCCAUCGCAGAACAAACUAUGUUGGCUGUACAUGAUGAAGUUAAAAUGAAUAAUAAUAAUAAUGAAACAGAGAACAGUGGAGAGAAAAAUGUUGACCAUGUACAUGAUGAAGUAGAGAUGAAUGAUAGUAACGACAAUGAAACAGAGAACAAUGUUGAGGAAAAUUAUAAUGUUCCUCCCAUUAUCGUUAUACAGAGAUUUGUUGUCAAAACAAGACAUCAAACCAGAUGUUCAGACAUCCUACAAAUUGGUUGUCAAAACGCGUGA